CUGAAUCAUGUUGCGAAAUCUCAAUAAAUUCUGUGUGAAGUAUAUUCAAACGUAAUCGAUAUGACGACACAAACUUUAUAAAUGAAAGGUACACUUGCUUACCUCGCCAGUUGAACCUCACGCCUGUUGAACGUUCGGCUACAGUGAGAGCCAACGUUCUCUAAAAACAUCGAAAACAAGUUUGUGGAUCUUGUGUCGCAAGUGUUUUGCCAAGUGUUGUCAAAGAUUAUAUAAAAAUGCCUUGUCCAUUUUUGGGAUCACUGAACCAAGCAUUUACAAGGAAUUAUGGAGCUGCUCUCCUUAAACAGUACGGUAAUUACUGCCCUGUCAUCUCUCGAGGUUUCCGCUCUUUGGGUAAUGACGAAACCAAAUGUCCUUUCAUUCAGAAAAAUGCUAUCGUAUCGGAGGCACCCAAGGAGAUGUCCGAAGAUAUCGUGGAAACCAUCCCUCCGUACAAAUAUGAAAAGUUCUUCCAUGACCAAAUUAGCGCUAAAAAGAAGGAUUACUCAUAUCGUGUAUUCAGGAAGGUAUCUCGAUUAGCAGCUGAUGGAAUGUACCCCCAAGCCCUGGAAGGCACUGAGAACCGUCGUGUAACUGUAUGGUGUGCCAAUGACUAUCUGGGGGCUUCCCGUCACCCUGUUGUUCAAGAUGCUGCUGUAAACGCCAUCAAGUCAUAUGGCACAGGUGCUGGUGGUACCCGUAACAUUGCUGGCAACUCACAGAUGACAGAGAAACUUGAAGAUGAGAUUGCUAAACUUCAUAAAAAACCUGCAGCAUUAAUUUUCAGUUCAUGCUUUGUGGCCAACGAUGCAACUUUAUCAACUUUAGCAAAACUUCUUCCUGGCUGCAUCAUUUAUUCCGAUGCAGGAAACCAUGCAUCAAUGAUACAAGGAAUCCGUAACAGCAGAGCACCCAAACAUAUAUUUAGACACAACGAUCCGAAUCAUCUUAGACAAUUACUGGCUGAUUCACCUGCUGGAGUACCGAAGCUAGUCGUAUUUGAGACUGUCCACUCCAUGAGUGGAGCUAUUUGUCCGUUAGAAGAAAUGUGUGACAUAGCACAUGAGUAUGGAGCUUUAACAUUUGUUGAUGAGGUACAUGCAGUUGGCUUAUAUGGAAAACAUGGUGCUGGCAUUGCUGAGGAGAGAGGAAUCCAAGAUAAAAUUGAUAUAGUAUCGGGUACAUUGGGUAAAGCUUAUGGCAAUGUCGGAGGUUACAUUGCAAGUUCCUCACUACUUGUGGAUACAAUAAGAUCCUAUGCACCUGGUUUCAUUUUUACAACUGCACUGCCACCUCCUGUUUUGGCAGGCUCUUUAGCAGCCAUUAGACUCCUAGCAAGUGAAGAGGGAAGAAGUCUGAGAGCAAAACACCAAUCGAAUGUUAGAUAUUUGAAGCUUUCCUUACUAGUGGCAGGACUUCCACAAUUGCCGUCUGUCAGUCAUAUUGUUCCCGUUCCUAUAGUGGGCGCGGACAAAGUGGCUCUCGUAGCGGAGUCUCUUAUGAAGAGAGGGCAUUAUGUGCAAGCUAUAAACUACCCGACGGUCGCUCGCGGGGAAGAGCGACUGAGGUUUGCACCGGGCCCGUUCCAUACUCCAGAAAUGAUUGACAGUCUUAUCACUGCCUUGAUAGAUGCAUUCCAUGAAAACAAUAUAGUGUUUAAUGAGUUUAUGAAAAACGGCACCUGUCGUGAAUGCAGCAUGGAAUACAAGGUCGAGAUUGGCCAAGACGAGCUGUACAAGUUCCCAAUGCAAGUUGCGUAAAUGAAUAACAUCCUAACCGACGGCCAUGACAAUUAUUAUAUAAGCAUAUUGUCGCAAUAUGAAAAAUAAAAAAAAAAAAAAAUAGUUAAUCGAUGUUAUAUAGUUUAUUUGAGUUUUAUUUAUGGUUCGUGGUUCAUGUUUAGGAGAAAUUAAAAAGAUGGCAAUUGA